CCAGCGAGGCUGGUUCACGAUGUGAAGAGAGAGAGAGAGAAAGAUGAAAGGGUUCGUUCACUGAAUAGGAGACUACGCUGCAGGAGAAAGAAUCUGAAUGACAAGAAAGCGUGGAGAAAGGUGAUCUCACGGGGCUUCCCUAGGAAGCAAGCCGUUGAGACAGCGUCACAUCGAACACGCGCAGCAUUACUCAGAGAUGCGAGCCCAUUGUGCUGAUCGGGCUUCGGCUCGGCUUGUGGCCGCAGCCAGGCUUCGCUUGCGUGAUGGACGAAGAAAAGAAUGCAUUUUCCGCAAGAGCGAUGAUUCAGAUAUAACGGCUUUAUUGGGGUGAACAGCGACGCCAACUCGUUCUGUACAAUAGAGAAGAAGAAUUAAGACGACGACGAAGAAGUUUGAGGAACGCUGCAGUGCAAUAUGAAUGGAAUGACCCGUGAGUACUUGGUGCCGCUCACCCUUUCUAUCCUGAUUCAGCUUGGCAGAUGGCACGGAGGACAUUGCCAGCCCACACCAGAUCUGUACACGUCUACCCGUGAACAGACGCAACUGCUGCAUACUGAACGCAUGGUAACUAAAGCUCUGCAGGAGUACGUCACGCUGGAGGAAGAACGCCUCUCCCGCUUCGAGCGAUAUUCUGCGCACCUUUUGCACGAUUUAGAGGGCUGCAAGAUACUAUUGCACAAUCUGUACGGCGGAUCUAGACCCGAAAUAUCGAGUCGCAACGUGGACAACUUGACCGUCACAGUUUCAGGUACCGUAUUUCCGACAAGAACAGACUUGGAAGGUGCCGCAAUAGGGCUGUGUCGGCUGCAGAAAAUCUACCAUCUGAAUGUAUCUAGUCUAAUAGAGAUGAGGACACCCCUCUUGCCCCUACCAACUUCAAAUGAGAUGACUGAGAUAGCGUACAUGUGCUUGCUAAAGGACUAUAAGACUCCCAUUGACUGGGUGCAGGAAGCAAUGAAAGUAGCCAGAAACAGCAGCAGUGCCAAACAUAGCUUUAACGACAUCAUGGCGCUUUCAUUGCUCAAGAGAAAGCAAGUAUCUUCCGCUAUGGCCUUUGCCAGACAAGUUAUUCGGUAUCCACCGGAGAGUGUUAACGUAUCGGCUACCUUCCGCCAAUGGAAGACAAACUCAAGUGCUAAGAAAAACCCGCGUGAACCUGUAUCACCCAUGGAAGCUGAUGCGUACUAUUUUGCCAACACUUGUUUACAACGGGAAGAUUUGAGUCCGAGAAGAAGCUCUAAGUUGACAUGCAGAAUGACAACAGCCGGCGGUAACCCAGCAAUGCUCCUUCAACCAGUGAAAGUGGAAGUGCUGUCUGCCGAUCCGAUUAUAAUCUUAUACCAUGAUCUGUUGAGUAGGGAAGAGUGCGAAUCGAUGUGCGAUGUCACAAAGAACAAGCUAAGUCGUACAACCACAGAGACGUUACCAGCAUAUCGAGUAGGAAAGUUGCUUUGGCUCGACGACGGUGACAACGCGGUCGCUGCGAGGAUAUCACGACGUAUAUCAGCAGUUACUGGACUGAGUACUAAUAAUGCAGAGGCACUUCAGAUAGUCAACUACGGACUGGGUGGUCACUACGGACCCCACAACGACAACUGGUAUCCAGGAGCUUCACUGGAGGACUACACUGUGCAAAAUGACUUCCGUUUAGCAACGGCUCUCCUCUAUCUCUCAGACGUGGCAGCCGGUGGCUCUACGGUUUUCCCGAAAUUGGACAUCGUAGUCAGGCCUAAAGCUGGUCUGGCUCUCUUCUGGUUCAAUAUGAAGACUCCUGGGGAAAAUGAGACUGAUUACGUGCGGACAUGGAGCGAGACACGCAUCAGAGAUAUGCGGACGUUACAUGGCUCCUGCCCAGUCUUGAGAGGCUCCAAAUGGAUUGCUACGAAAUGGCUCGUAGAAAGCGGACAGUACAAAGUUAACUACCAAUUACCCCUAAGUGGGUGACGUCGUUUGGAAUAUGCUUCUAUGCCAAAACUAACGUCUCGUUGAAUUCCCCUGCUGUGUGUUUCUUUCUUUUUUCUUUCUUUUUUUCUCACUCAAUUCAAUGAUUCUGGGUGUGGAUUGAACUGGACAGGUACGCCGUUCUUGCGCUCGAAAUUCGAGUGUUCCUGUCUCAUGUGUUCACUGUUAUGCACUGUUGUCUCUCUGUAUAUUGUGACUCUGUUGGG